AUGGCGUCAAGCCUAACCAAUGUGGUGGCUCAGAACAUCGCUGCUGUUCCCGAGCUUGGCUCGGGUCGCGUUGCCAAGCCCGCAGAAGCAGCGUCACUUGCUUCCUCCUUCACUGGUCUCAGCCUGAAAAGAGUAGAGCCUCUCAGGGCCAGAAGUAAGGCCUCUAAGGCUGCCAGGAAGGCUUGCCGAGCUGUCGCUGCUGUGGAGACCGCUGCGAAGUCAGGGCCUGAGAAAAGUUUCGAGAAUGAGGGAAAUAAGUACGGUCGGGAGUACUUCCCGUUGGCCUCAGUUGUCGGACAGGAAAUUAUUAAAUCAGCGCUGCUCCUCGGAGCCGUGGACAUGAAGAUAGGCGGAAUUGCCAUUGCUGGCCGGAGAGGCACUGCCAAGACCGUCAUGGCUCGCGGGCUGCACGGAGUGCUUCCACCCAUUGAGGUCGUCGACGGAAGCACCGCCAAUGCUGACCCAGAAAACCCCCAGGAGUGGGAGCAGGGCUUGAGGGACCGCGUGCAGUAUAACGAGGACGGUACCGUGAAGACCAAGAUUAUCCGCGCUCCCUUUGUGCAGAUUCCCUUGGGUAUCACGGAAGAUCGCCUUAUCGGAUCAGUCGAUGUCGAGGAAUCCGUCCGGACCGGCACUACAGUGUACCAGCCAGGCCUCCUGGCAGAGGCUCACCGUGGUGUGCUUUACGUCGACGAGAUUAAUCUCCUGGACGACGGCAUCGUGAAUCUGCUCCUCAGCGUGCUCACGGACGGAGUGAAUGUUAUCGAGCGCGAGGGUGUGAGCUUCCGCCAUCCGUGCCGGCCGCUUCUGAUUGCGACGUACAACCCGGACGAGGGCAAUGUUCGCGAGCAUCUUCUUGACCGUAUCGCCAUCAACCUCAGUGCCGACGUCGUUCAGGACUUUGGGGACCGUGUGUCAGCGGUGGAGAUUGCGAUGAACUUCCAGAAUCGUGCCAAGGAGGUGCUGGUGGAUUCGAACGAUGCCACGGAGGCCGCACGCACGCAGGUCAUCCUCGCGCGGGAGUACCUCAAGGACGUCCAGAUGAGCCGCGAGCAGAUGAAGUAUCUCGUCACAGAGGCCAUUCGCGGGCAGUGCCAGGGGCACCGAGCGGAGCUGUUUGCACAGCGCGUGGCGAUGGCGUCAGCAGCGCUGGAAGGGAGGGACAGAGUCAGCGCGGACGACCUUCGCAGGGCGGUCGAGCUGGUCAUUCUGCCUCGCGCCACCGUGAUCGACAUGCCCCAGGACCAGCAACAGAACGCCCCGCCGCCACCACCGCCGCCAUCCCCGCCCCAGGAUCAGCAGAAGGACGAGGAUCAAGAAGAGGAGCAGGAGGAGGACGAGGAGGACGAGGACGAGGACGAGGACCAGGACGAGCAGCAGCCGGACCAGAUUCCAGAGGAGUUUGUGUUCGACGCGGAGGGCGGCGUGGUGGACCAGCAGCUGCUCAUGUUCGCGCAGCAGGCGCAGCGGCGCAAGGGCAAGGCGGGCCGCGCCAAGAACGUCAUCUUCUCAGAGGAUAGAGGGCGAUACAUCAAGCCCAUGCUCCCUAAGGGUCAAGUGAGGCGGCUGGCAGUGGACGCCACCCUGCGAGCAGCAGCGCCCUUCCAGAAGCUGCGCCGUGAGCGAGCGCAGAAGUCGGGCAACACGCGGCCGGUGUACGUGGAGCAGAUUGACAUGCGCUCCAAGCGCAUGGCACGCAAGGCUGGUGCCCUGGUGAUCUUCGUGGUGGACGCGAGUGGCAGCAUGGCUUUGAACCGCAUGAACAACGCCAAGGGGGCUGCCAUGCAGCUGCUGGCAGAGAGCUACACCAGCCGUGAUCAGGUGGCCAUCAUUCCAUUCCGCGGGGAGGCAGCAGAGGUGCUGCUGCCGCCGUCUCGCUCCAUCGCCAUGGCAAAGAAGCGACUUGACAAGCUGCCCUGCGGUGGUGGCUCCCCUCUUGCCCACGGCCUUUCCACGGCUGUGCGGGUGGGUCUGAACGCGGAGAAGGCUGGCGAGGUGGGGCGAGUGAUGAUUGUCGCGAUCACGGACGGCCGUGCCAACGUGUCACUCAAGCGGUCGCUUGGCGAGGUGGAGGCAGUGGGGCCUGACGCACCCAAGCCCACACAGCAGGAGCUUAAGGACGAGAUUCUGGACAUUUCAGGCAAGAUCCUCAAGUAUGGCAUGUCUCUGCUUGUGAUUGACUCAGAGAACAAGUUCAUCUCGACAGGAUUCGCCAAGGAGAUGGCCCGCGUUGCCAAUGGAAAAUACUACUACCUGCCCAACGCCUCUGACGCUGUUGUGUCAGCAGCAACAAAAGAAGCCCUUUCUCAGUUUAAAGAGUCUUAG